AUGGAAUCAACGGCAGACGGUGGCGAUAAUCAAUCGUCCACCUCUGUUGUUGAAGCUCGCGAUUUUAUAAAGUUUAUAGUGAGGGUUGUGCCGGCAAUUUUGGAAGGCGAAACGGGCGAGUCGAACAGCCAUGAACUUCGAAACGCUUGCAACAGUGCCGAAUAUUUCGAAUGCAUCAAGAAAUUUUUGUCAGAUUCACAAAUAAGAGCACUGAUCGUGAGCAAAAGCGUGUUAAAAGACGAAGAGGAGGAUAGUUCUGGAACGGAUAGUGCAACAGAGUCGGAAAGAGACGGUCGAGUCACGUAUAGUAUUCAUUUGAACGUGCAAUAUACUGCGCCCAAAUUAAUCAGCGUUGGUUUCAUAAAAAGAUCGGGAGUUGUUGAAGCGGACAAAAAGAUCGCCUCACAGCUACGGGUGUUAAAUCUGAGCGAUGAUUCACCGUUCGAGACCCUGCAUUCGUUUGUCAGCAAUGCCAUCGCACCUUAUUUCAAAUCGUUUGUCAAGACAUCGGGAAAGGCUGACAGGUAUAUACAUGUUUUAUAUGUUAAAAGGCGUCGUAUAGUAUGUUUUAAAUAUAUAUGUAGAAGUGAUGGAAAUAAUAAAACACUGCAGCAAUUCACAAUUGGGGUCCCACCAACCUACAUCAAGGGCUUUUGCGCUUGGUUGAUUAAUUUAUAAACAACAAUGAACUAUACAAAUAAUCUUUCUAAAGAACGAGUCAUAAACGGGGGGCGGGGUGUGUGUGUGAAUAGGGGUAUACAAAUCCGCCGAUCCGCCCAAAUUUGAAGCAAAAUUCGCCAUUCAACAAUGGUCUUGUCUAAAUUUGGAUCCUCUAAAAGCUCUACUAUGAAGUCACAAUCCAGGAUCCGAACUAAUGCACCUAUCAAUGUUAAGCCCCCAGGGGAGGAGGCCGGGAUAUAGGUGGGGAUUAGACUUUUUGAAGAAAAUUUUGAGCUAAUGCCCUAAUAUGGGGCAACAAAAUACAGGCGAAUAUUGAAAUAUUCCCCACCAUGGGGGCCAAAUCCCCACAGUAUAAAAUAGAACAUAAUAAACAAACUCAACAAAUUCUGUUGAGAAUAGCUAGAGCAGCAAUGUUGUUUAAAAUCAUUAAAAGGGUUAUUUUAUUUAGAACUGUUGAAUGAUUAGGACUGUUGAAUUUUAUUUAGGACCAAUGAAUGUUUCAACAACAACAUUCAAGUUUUUCUCCUUUAA